GAGGAGGCGGAGGCGCAGCUCGGUCUGGGUGGAGUGAAGUUCAGACUCCUCUAUAACAAAUUAGCCAAGAAGAGAGCAGCUUUAUGGCUGAUUACACCAAGAAUCCGUUCAAACAAAAACACACACACACAUACACACAGUUGAGGAGAAAGACGGUAGAAACAGACUGAGCUGAGAUGAUGAGUGAUGUGAGCGAGCACGCGCUGCUGGAUUAUUUCUAUUCCGCCGGUGGGGAUUCAGGCAGAGUGAGAAACGCAGACAUACUGAAGACAUUUAAGCCUUUUAUUGGCCACACUGACCUGCAGUUACGUGCUAAAUACAGAGAGGAAUUCAAGCUCGUCAUUGACCGGAUCGCUGUGGUGAAGUCAGAGAAUGGUGAGAAGUACCUCGUUCUGAAGAAGAAGUACCGGCAGCUGCUCCAUGAACGCGACACCAAAAAUCACGGCACAGAUGAGAAUGGACAGAAACACGCAAAUUCGGCCAGAGCAGCAGCCACUGCACAGUGGGAAGCGAGGAACGUCGCGGCCUCUUCUUCCCCGCAGAAGGAACAACAGGACGAGCUCAUGUUGUGUGGAGACACUGAGAGCAAUGCCGAGUUCGAGUCGGAGCAGGACGAGGAGGGCACGGGCAGCAUGGGCUCCGCUGUAGUCGCUCUGGAUCCGAUAGAAAAAGAGUGGAUCUACUCUGCUGCAGGCGCUCGAGUCCCUGACCUCUCUCAGCUGCUCAGACAGGACCCAUCGCUGGCAAACAAGAAGGACUUUGUUUCUUUUACCGCUCUGCACUGGGCUGCCAAACAUGGCAGUGAGGACAUGGCCACACUGGUGGUUAAGGCCGGUGCUGAUGUCAACACCAAAUCACAUGGGGGUUAUACGCCUCUUCACAUCGCCGCGUUACAUGGUCACCGCCAUAUUCUUGACCUGCUCAUAGGGUCAUACGGUGCUAAAGAGAAUUUGAGGGAUUACAGCGGCCACCUUGCCAACCAUUAUCUCAGUAUCAAAGAACCAGAGGCUCCAGAGGAAGAGUGUGAGCUGCCGGAGCUUCAAGUCACUCAGGCCAGGGAGCGGAACAGGAACAGGAAGUUGGCGUCCCUGUUCCAGUCAAAGAAGAAGUGGGGCUCGGCAGAGGAUCUUGCUCCCAUUGAGGAGGAGAGGACGACGUCUCAUCAGCUCGUCCUUCCUCCGUUCAGACCCCGGAAAUUCUCCCGCUGAGGGAAAAUGGACAAUUUCUGACUCUCUAAAUUUCACAUUAACAUCACAUAACUCUACAUCACCACCAUCAAAGUAUAACAUUUCAGUUGAUUUGUCGAGGCGUUCCUUCAACAAGAACGACCUCCUGAGUCGGAUUUCCAACGCGGAAAGUUAGAGAAAACUCACCAACCCUGACAGAGGAUGCCAUGAUGGCUGCCACUCAUACAAACACUACUACUUAUACUGUUAAUAAGAAUUUCUCUUAUUUGUUUCACAGUAGGCCACACGGCUGGUCUAGUGGUUAGCGCUCUUGCCUUUGCAGCAACAAGACCGCGUGUCUUGUUCUCCCCGUGUGUGCGUGGGUUUCCUCCGGGUUCUCCGGCUUCCUCCCACAGUCCAAAAACAUGCAAUGUGGGGAUUAGGUAAAUUGGACACUCUAAAUUGACCGUAGUUGUGAGAGUGAGGGUUAAUGGUUGUUUGUCUCUAUGUGUCCCUGUGAGGGACUGGCGAGCUGUCCAGGGUGUGACCCCGCCUAUCGCCCUAUGUCAGCUGAGAUUGGCACAGCUCCCCCCGCGACCCUCCGGAGAAGGAUAGAGCGGUAGAUGAUGGUUGGAUGGAUGGAUGUUUCACAAGUAAAUCAGUCGUACUGUUCAAUUUUUAUCCACGGUAUUUAAAUGCAAAGAGUGUCACCUGCACCUUUCAUAACUAAGCCCAUACCUUAAAAAAAGCUUACCUUAAAGUUCAUCCAAAAAAUGACCACAGGAGCUUUAACUGAGUAGAAAGUGCUAUGUUCUUAAAUGUAUUAAUGGUAUUAAUAUAUAAGUAUUUCUUGAAGCCUUUAAAGUUCAAUUCAAAUCCCCAUGUUUGCCUUCACAGUUUCUAGUGAGCGCAGGUCACAGGAAGUCUUUAAACUCCCCUUUACUUUUGUUUUAAAGUUACUGACAGUAAAUCUGGUGUUACUGUAGAUUUUUUUAUGAUCUAUAGAUCCAGUAAAAUCACUGCAGGGAACUGUAGUGGGUUUUUCUUUUAGCAAACAUUACUGAAGCAGGAGUUGAAGGUUUAUUUGCUUAAGCCUGUUUCAGCCUAAGGUGUAAUCCUGGUACAGUGUUGCUCUAAAAAAACUAAACAAAAUAAACCUAACGUUUCUGGCGACAUGCGUUAGUAGGAUGAAUUAAAUGCUGAUGUUUUUUUUCUUUUUUAAUUUAAAUGUAUAAUAUCACCAAACUACAUGUAAAGGAACAUACUUAUGUAUGAGUAUGGUAUGGAAUGGCCGGUUUAAACAACCAUUUUAUGAUAAUGAUGCCACUAAAAGACUGAUUUACGUUCAUCUCCAGAGACACACAGUCUUAUACUGUCUUUUGCAGUGCUAAGUAAGGACUUACUUGUUAAGACAUUCAGCUUCUAACAAGAGUUGUAAAGACUUUGGAUUCAUUAUCAUUUCACAGAAAGCAUUUGUUAUUUUUUUCCCUAAUUGUCAGUUCGUCUAUUUGUCUGAGUGCGAAUGACACCAAAUUUAAUUACAAGACGUUGACAGACAAAUAAAUCACCAGCAUCACCAAUAAACAAAUGUAACAAAUAUUAACUCUUUGUAGUGUAGUGUAGAUUUUGCACUUGUGCAAGUCUUCCACGCGUAAAUAUUUAAGUUUUAAGUCACAUGACUCUUUGUAAAUGUGGUCAGCAGUAAAGUGCAGUGUUAGUGAUUUGUAGUGAACACUUAAAUGACUGGUGUUUCUUUAUAUCUGAGCCAAAAAGAUAUUUUAGAUUCAGGAAAAUUCAAAGCAAUGCUGCAUGAACAUUUUUCCUCUUUUUGUUUUUAUGACUGUUGCAAAUGUUACUACACGCACGUGUUUGUGUUGUGCUUUAGGCCAAUUUGUCAUAUUUGUCAACCCUGUAUAGAUUGAGCACAUCGUUGUUGUGAAGUUGUGACAGCUGCAGUGAUUUGUACCGUUAGCUGUCAUGAUUUAUGACUAGUUAUACAGAGUAAGCUGAGGUUUAAGUAGAAUAUCUUUGUUUAUCUUUCUCUUUAUUCUCUGUUACAACCCGACGCAUUUGAGUGUUAUUUUCACCCCUGCAGUCAGUGUUUAUGCUGCUACAGUGUGAAUAACUUAUACUUUCUGGUGGAUUCUGCCAGUUAGAUGAAAGGGCUUUUUUUAUGUAUAGCUCAGCAUUUUUCAUUUGAUGUGAAGGAAGAUAACUGUGUAAUUGUAAAUCUAAAGAAACCAGCCUUCGUUACAUUAUUUGCACAAUAUUUACACAACAAAGAUAUUUUCAGUAUUAAAUUGUAUUUUGUAUGAAGUUCA